UAAGACAGUAUACUUCUAGGAUAUAACACAGGAUACUUCUAGGAUAUAACACAGGAUACUUCUAGGAUACAACACAGGAUACUUCUAGGAUAUAACACAGGAUACUUCUAGGUUACAACACAGGAUACUUUUAGGAUAUAACACAGGAUACUUCUAGGAUAUAACACAGGAUACUUCUAGGAUAUAACAUAUUAUUUUUCCAGGAUUCCUUCUAACACUAUUUGGUAUGGUUUCAAUUAAUAUACUCACAGCUGUUUCUAUUUACCGUUGGGCUAUAGUUCAUUUCGAGGGUCAUUGGAACAUGGCUUUGUUUGCCAAGGGUCUGGGGGUAUUGAGCUGGGUUUGGGGGGUGGCACUGGCUCUGCCCCCCCUCUUGGGCUGGGGGAAGUAUGUACCAGAAUCCAAUGGGAUGAGUUGUGCUCCGUCGUGGACCGAUCCUCAGUAUAAUAGUUACAAUUAUUAUCUCUUCAUUGGAGGGUUCAUCAUUCAUCUCCUUAUUAUCCUCUACACCUCAUGCUCUGCUAUUCUCAAGAUCAGAAAGGUUAGAAUUCAUUGUAUUCAUCUCCUUAUUAUCCUCUACACCUCAUACUUUGCUAUUCUCAAGAUCAGAAAGGUUAGAAUUCAUUGUAUUCAUCUCCUUAUUAUCCUCUACACCUCAUGCUUUGCUAUUCUCAAGAUCAGAAAGGUUAGAAUUCAUUGCAUUCAUCUCCUUAUUAUCCUCUACACCUCAUACUUUGCUAUUCUCAAGAUCAGAAAGGUUAGAAUUGAUUGUAUUUAUCUCUUUAUUAUCAUCUACACGUCAGGCUUUGCUAUUCUCAAGAUCAGAAAGGUUGUUGUGAUGAUCACUGUAUUUGUGUUCUGUUGGUCUCCCUACGCUGCUCUAUCAGCUGGAUCACUUCUGGGUUACAGUAAGUCUAUCCCUGUUCCUGUAACUGUGUUUCCCCUGCAGAUGGCUAAAUCAUCAACACUCUGGAAUCCUUUAAUAUUCUUCAUACUCAACCCUACAUUUCGUAAAUCCGCCUUGGAUGAACUGCCGGAGUUUCUCAGAAAAAAACUUAUGAAAAGAGAGGAAUCAAG